CUUUCCCCCCAUCAUUACAUCACGGUCCGCAUUUAAUGGAAGUAACGGAUAAUUUAAACAACUUUGCGCUUCCUCCUCACGUUGUCACCAGCCAGUCACGGAUGCGCCACUGUCGGAAGGGAGGGGGAGCAGAUUCCCCCCCAAUAGCCUCCGCGUUUGUUUUGGUCGUCGCGGUGAGUGACAUUCCUGUGGAUCAAAGAUCGCUUUCAUUUGCUUAAUAGGGAAACUCGCGGCUGCGGCAGUUGGGAAGCUGCUGUUCUGUUUGAAAGGCGAGCUCGGCGCGGGAAGUGAGGCGCGGACCAUGGCCAAGGAGCCUCUGGCGUAAAAUAAUGGUCUUGCUUCUGCCGCAGUCAUGGCUAAAGCCGGCAGCAGAUGCGCUCCGGACGGCGAAUCCAGAGUGGCAACCGCCCCGUCGGACCGGGGAGAGGCCCGGGACUUUGCAGAACCCCGGGAACUGUCUCUUGAAGAAGUGCUGAAAUCCUACGAGCAGCCUAUAAACGAGGAGCAAGCAUGGGCAGUAUGCUACCAGUGCUGCAGUUGGCUUAGGGUACCGCGCCUGAACCGAACAGAGGACAGGACAGUUUACCAGGUGAAGAACCCAUCCUCAAUAUUCCUCCACCGAGACGGGACCGUUUCUCUGCAUUCGGAACCCUGGAACAGCAACGAUGACACGGGAGCGCUCUCCUACCCUCCUGUUGCUGAAAGCCAGCUGGUGCAGUCCCUGGGCGUGGCCAUCUACAAGGCCCUGGACUGGGGUCUGGACGACAGCGAGGAGCGGGAGCUGAGUCCCCAGCUGGAGCAGCUGAUCGACCGCAUGGUGGGGGGCGCCGAGAGUGGCGAGGCCGGCAGCGAAGCCGGGGGGAGCGGUGUGGCCGACGAAGGCUACAGCGGCCAGGAAGGAGAGGAGGAGGAUGAGGAGGAGGAAGAAGAGGUGCUGGGGGAGGGGGGAGGCGACGGGACUGCUGCUUGCGCUGUGCGCACCUUCCGGCAGGUGAUGGCGCUGUGUGCCACCCGGCUGGCCAACCCUGGCCUGGCGCCGGAGCACUACCAGGCUGUGUGCCGGGCCCUGUUUGUGGAGACGCUGGAGCUGCAAACCUUCCUGACCAAGAUAAGGGAUGCCAAGGAGAUGCUGAAGAAGAUCAGGAAGGAGGAGAGCAAGGAGGACAGGAGUGUGGCCGAGCUGGACGACCUCAAACACACAGACUGGGCUCGUCUGUGGGUGCAGCUGAUGAAGGAGCUGCGUCAGGGGGUGAAGCUGAAGAAGGUGGAGGAGCAGCCCUUCAACCCGCUGGCCACCGAGUUCAGCCUCACGCCCUUCGAGAUGCUCAUGCAGGACAUUCGCUCGCGCAAGUACAAGCUGCGCAAAGUCAUGGUGGACGGUGACAUCCCGACAACAGUGAAGAGGAAUGCCCAUGAGCUCAUCCUGGAGUUCAUCCGCUCCAGACCACCUCUAAAGCCAGCGUCAGAGCGAAGCAUGCCCCCACCACCACAGCACCAGCCGUCCCUCCAUGAACGUGUGCUGGAGGAGAUCCGUCAGGAACGCAAGCUCCGGCCUGUGGACCCUCCCAACUCUAAGAGGGCAUUUGGCUCCCUGCCCUGUCUGGCGCACACCUGCUCCUGUGACAUCAAGUCCACAUCCUGUAUAGACCUGUCCAUGACUGAUGCAGGUCCCCGGCCCCCUUCCAGACCUAGAGUCCUGCUCAAAGCGCCCACGCUCCAGGAGAUGGAGGAGAUGAACAUCUUUGAGGAGGAGGAUUCCCCCUGCAGCGCGGAGAUUCGGCGCGUGGAGAGCUCUCCGACGCCGCUGAAGCGUGACCGCUCCUUCUCGGAGCACGACCUGGCCGAGCUGCGGGGCGAGAUGCUGCCCUCGUUGUCGGGGUCGGGCCACCUGGGCAUCCCCGAGGGCGUCACCAUGAGGGAGCGGCCCCGCGCCAACACGCUCACCGGAGCCUGGCCCGUGCCAACCUACAGAGCUUCUUUCCCUGUAGCUGGCUGGAUGUCCUCAUCCCCUGCUCGCUGCUCGUUGAGUUCUGUGGAGGAGGCGUCAGAAGGGGUAUCGAGCAGCGUCUCCCCCUCCCCUGGGGCCAGCAAACGCCAGUGGAUGGAGGAGUUCAGUCACCCGGUGGAGAGCCUGGCUUUAACGGUGGAUGAGGUCAUCAACGUGCGACGCGUGCUGGUCAAGGCCGAGAUGGAGAAGUUUCUGCAAAACAAAGAGCUCUACAACAAUUUGAGGAAGGGCAAGGUAUGUUGCUGCUGCCGGGUCAAGUUUCCCCUCUUCUCCUGGCCCUCCACUUGUCUUCUGUGUAAAAGGUCUGUCUGUGGCUCCUGUAGCGCCAAGAUGAAGAUCCCUUCCAAGAAGUUGGCACACAUCCCCGUUUACACUGUGGGCUUCCACAACAGCCCCAGGAGCCAGCACCGCAAGAGCGAGGUCUACAAAUCGCUGCGCACGCUGUCCCGCCGCUCGGUGGAGGAGGAGUUCCCCCACCUGUACGCCCACGGCUGCAGCCUGCGCGACGUCUGCGCCGAGUGCACCAAGUUCGUGGCCGACGUCAUCUCCUCCAGCCGACGCAGCCUGGACAUCCUCAACAACACGCCCAAGCGCGAGAAGCCCUCUUCCCACACCUCCUCCUGCACCACCUCCUCCUACUACUCCUCCUCUUCCUCCUCCAGUUCCACCACCCAGCAGACCCAAAUGCAGACCCAGAACCAGCAGCCAGCACCCCAGGCCCAGACCCAGGCCCAGACCCAGGCCAAUCCACAUCCACAAACGCCAUCUACGCCAUCCAGGGGCAAGAUCAAAUGAACUAGGGGCCUACCCACCUCCUUACCAUAGAGAUUUCGCUAUCAUAGAUGACAAUGACUGAUGAUGAACUAUCUCCCAGCUUUAAGAAACCAUUGACACCUUUUUCUUCCAUGGCAGACCUCAGAUUGACUGAUUGUGUUGAUUGAUUGAUUGAUGGAUUGAGACUGACUGUCUGAUUGACUGACUGAUUGAUUGCUUGAGUGAGUGCUCUUGUUGACAAUCGAAUGAACUAUUGCACUGACGUUACUGCUUCUGCUUGGAAUGGCAGUUUUUUUGUGUGUGGCUGUCGCGGAUUGAUUGAUUCAUGGAAUGAAAUGGAUCAGAAGCUGUUGACACACUUUGUCUUGUUUGCUGAUUGACUUGAGAGACUUGUACGCAAUCCUGUAGCGUCGGUUUGGGUUGCCCCCUUUAGUGCACUGCUUAAGCUCCCACCCCACCAACCCACUGACCCCCACCUACACACUCUCUCACACAUACACCCAGGGUGCGAUUUGUACGAUGGGAUAGGAUCUGAGUAUCAGGGGAUUUUUCCCACCGUUCUGGUGUUGAUAUCCCCACCUCUACAAAAUGAUUUUAACGUCUGGUUGAGAAGAGGACUAUCCCCACUUCCUUCCUUCCUCUAUAGAGAUACAUGCAACUCGACUCCCAAUAAAUCACACCCUACACCCUACAUACACUUCACAUUUACCCCAACAUGUGCUGCAACCUCUCCUCAUCCUGCAACCCUGAACGGCCACCCUUUGCUCUGAUCAUCCCAUCAUCACGACCCCUAGUGCAAAUGCUCAUCUAGUGCUGCACCGCAUCACGCAAUGUGUCCCCUUCAGCUGGAUGGCACCAGGCAGAGUGCCAGUGAGGGACAGCGAAUGCCUUCUCUGCCUUAGCUUGUUCUUCACUUCCCCUCGACACCGCCAUCCUCCCUACUGCACAGCUCUGUACAAAAUAGUGGAUUAAGAGAGAAGGAUGAGGAGGACAAAGAAAACAACAACAACAACAACAUUGGGAGAAAGAGGGACAGGGUUAUUCCGGAAUGAAAACUCCUAGUUGCCUUGCAGUUCUUCUUUUUUAUGUUUGAAUGUACUGUAUAUUCAUUUGGCUUUUUGAAAAGCAAACCUGGCACAUCUCCAAGACACAACCCUUCCCCCUCACCACCCUCAGCACUAAAAUCAAGGCGUCGAAAGGUCAUGGAAUGACUUACUGUACGUGGAACUCCAGAAAGACUAACGCUGACACGACUGCCUGAACAACAAGCUGCUUUUGAGCACUUCAGAAUUGAACUGAAAGAAAAAAAAGAUAUAUUUAAAGAACAACAAAAUAACCUUAGCCAUGAAGGUUGGCGCAAGCUUGCGUGCUUUGCCACCACUGUGCGACUGUCUGAAUGUAUGCAGUGAAAACCAGUGGGCUCGUUUGUGAUAAUGGCAGCAAAAAUCUGAGCAGCACACAUGCGCCCUGUGAAUACUGUAGUGUAUACAGUGCAUUCUGGUAAGGAAUUUCUAACCAGAAUGUAUUGUGAUUGCAUAGUGUGCAUGCGUGCUGCGCAGAUUAGUGCAGCAUGUGGAAUCUUAAACGAGGCUAGUAAAGAGAGCGAGAGAGAUUAAAAAAAGGAGAGUUACGGUGUCUUUUUUGGGACACUUUGGUGAAGUUUCCAAAGUAAAACAUCUCGUCUCUGCACCUUACUGAACCCCACCCCAGGCUCUUGUGGACCACAACUGUGGUGUGGAAGAACAAGGGUGCAGUGUUCACUCAACACUUGGAGAGUAGAGUGUUAAAUUCAGUGUUCUAGUAUAAAUCGAGUGCCUCUAAGUGUUAUUUCAACACCUAGAGACUAGGAACAACACCAUGACUUUUACAUCUAACUCCCUAAGUGUUCAAUUAACACUGCGAAAUGUACCCAGUUGUGCGUCUCUCCCGGCUCAGUCCAGUCCUGCCCAGCCCGGCCCGUGGCCCUGCCCGCCCUCACCCACCUCUCCACAUGGUCUUGUGUGAUCUGCUUGUAUUUUGUAAACACCUCAACUGCAAUAAAUCAAACUGAAAAUAA